CUUGAUAUCUUUUCACUAAAUUCAAAUGUUAGGGGCGUGUAAGCUCUAGUACCAGAUUGUAUUAGUAUAAUUCUAGAGGUUUCUACUCUAAACAGAUAAGGACCACUUUCCAUCUGUGAAAUAAUAGAUCAUUAGUAACAUAUAAGACAAGGGGUCCUAUAUACUCUUUAAGCAAAAUCACGUUUACACAAAGACGUUGAGAAUACAUUGGAGGAGCAGGGGUUAGUAUAUGGAUAGUAAAAUUGAACUAUUGGUUUGCUGGUUUAUUACGUUUUCCAAUUUCUGAAGAUUAUACAGUCUUUUAUUCUUCUAGGGGCUUGACAAAUCAUGGUAACCAUGUUCAUAUAUACAUAUGGGAUGAGCUCUUCUUCCAUUUCAGCUAUUUCAUGUUACUGUUGCCACUACUACUUAAAUUGGAAUGCACAAUCACUAGUUAAGCCCACACCAAGUACUUGAAUCACGGUCAAGAUUUCGUGAAGCUCCACCUCAAAAUUUACCUCAAGUGAAGUUUCAAGAUAUUGACGGAUUACAUGGAGUUCUUGUAACACUUUACCAUUUACUGAAACUGCUCUCGAGCCAUGGAAUAAAAUCUACAUGUGAGAUGCUUGAAGAAAAACUGCAAACCAAUAAGUUAUUUGGACGACAUAUGAGCAGAAAUGAAAUUCUUUUGAAAGCAAAGCAUUUAAUGCAGCAAGUUGUAUCUCAUGGUGCUCCUAGUCCUAAGUUAUCAAAAAUGCUGGAAAUACUCACCAAUCAUUUCAAUAACAAUGAUCCUAAAAGUUCAAGGGUUAUUGUUUUCUCAAAUUUUAGACAAAGUGUCAGUGACAUAUUGCUUGCUUUGAGGAGUUUACCAGAUUUUGUUAAAGCUACUGAGUUCAUUGGCCAAAGCUCAGGCAAAGCAUCAAAAGGCCAAUCGCAAAAGAAUCAACAGGCUGUUUUGGAGAAAUUUCGGACUGGUGAAUACAAUGUCAUUGUUGCAACAUCAAUUGGUGAAGAAGGUCUGGAUAUCAUGGAAGUAGAUCUUGUCAUAUGCUUUGAUGCUAACAUAUCACCUUUGAGAAUGAUUCAACGCAUGGGCAGAACUGGAAGGAAACAUGAAGGACGAGUUGUAGUUUUAGCUCACGAAGGAAGAGAGUUAAAAGGUUACUUACAAAAGCAAACAAGCGGCAAGGCCAUUAUCAAAGACAUGAGAAAUGGGCGAAUUCGCUUUUCAUUUUAUUCCAGUCCAAGGAUGAUUCCACAUAUUUUUAAACCAAAAGUCCAGUUCCUCAAGCUAUCAAUUCCACAGUUUGUUCCUCGUGGAAAGAACAUAAAAGAUGUUAGCCCCAUUCAAGUGUCUGCAUUGCUGAACAAAUUAAGUGAUGAAGAAGCAAACUUGCUUGCGAAAUAUUUCAAGUUUUCUGGUCAGGAGACUCGGGACGCAUGGAGGCCAUCACUUAUUGCCUUCCGUCAUUCUCAGGCAUUUCCUUCCAAAGUGCACAGAGUGGCGCAUUCAUUUAGAACAGUGAUGCUAAUAGAUGCCAUGCAACAUUUGCAAGAAAUAUCUUUUCCUCGAGAUAUCAAAGCUUCUAUCAAUGAGGAUGAAACUUUUGAAAAUUUAUCUAUGAAAGUUGAAGCCACCAAACCAUGUGAAGAAAAUCUGAAAGGCUGUUCUGCUGAAGAUUACUGUAAAACAGAACAACAGAAGGAGUCUGUACCCCUGCAAAGUCCAAAUAGUAAAAAGACGCUUUUACUGGACAUAUUUCAAGGGGAAAGCUCUCAUGCACAUGCCUUCCUAUUUGGCUCGGAGUUUGUAAGUGUUGAUGAUCAGGGGAGGGUUAUAGUCUCAUCUGUUGCCCAACUUUUUUUAAAAGAAACUUUGGUUUCUAAGUUUACAAACACCAGAUUAUUUGAAAAGUUCAACCUGCGAAAAAAAGAUUCCCUUCAUGGUAAGGUUUCAGCGAAUGAGCUGGAGGAAAAGACUGAUGGAGUAAAAGACUUUUCUGCUACUCAGACAAGUGCAGAAAAAAUUAAUUUGGAAGCAUCAAGAAUCUGUGUGUCUAAUGCACAGCAACAGAAGAUAUUUGAUCUCUGCGAGAAGAAUUUUCAAAGUCCAGAUCACAAGGUAAAACCAGAAGGUAAGAGCAUCAGUGAGAGUCUGGAAGUUCAAAUUUGUGGGACGUCAAUAGUAGAUGAUGAGCCAGACAAAGAGUUUGGAGAUAUGGAGCUUAGUCCACGUCUAACCAACUUUAGUGAUAUCGAGUUUGUCCCGGAAUCUCCUAUAACUGAAUCUCCUAUAACUGAUGGGGUAUUAAAGGAUAAAGGUGCACAGUUCAUGGUUAAAGACCUUGUUUCAACACCAAAAGAAUCGUCAGAACAGAAUGAAAAGACUGCAGGUGGCAUUAGCACCUUUGGAAAAGAUAAUGCAAUGUCAACUCCUAUACAAAACAUUCAGAGUAAUGAACCGAGAAGUUGCAAGUACACUUGUCUAAUUGCUGAAGAUAAUCAAACUCCUAUGGCAAACUUAUCAAGCAAAAGCUGUAGCAAAGACUGGCAACUUGGCUCUACAGACAAAUCAGAGAGUGUUGGACAAAAACCGAAGUUUAGAAGAUUGCGCAAACACGGUGAUCUUCCUAGAAGAAAACCUCCAGACAAGCAAAAAACUGGUACUUCCCGAAAACGAACAGCUCCUUGUGGCACUGACAGUCAUACUGGUUUCAAGCACGGAAGAGCUAUAGGUGAGAAACGGCAGCCAAACAUUGUGACAGACUUCAUUGAAGAGGAAGCUGAGGUGUCUUCAGAAGUUUCAGUAUCCGAUGAUGAGGAGGAUAAGCAGGAUUACAGUUCAUAUGAUGAUAGUUUCAUAGAUGACAAGAUAAAUCCAACAGCGGCAGAUAGUCAAGCCGAGGCUGGUGAAGUUGAUAUGAUAGCGAUUUACAGGCGUUCAUUGCUCACUCAGUCACCGAUUCCAAACCUUUCAACCGAUUAUACUCCUGAUUCUGUGGUUCCAACUAGCAGAACAGAUGAAAGCAAGAGCUCAUCUGGGACAGAAAAUCAUCACAUACCUCAAACUGACCCAAAGUCAAUAACGAGAAAUUCCUUGAACUUUCAGCAAAUUAUUAACAGAAUCGCACCAGAAGCAGUACCAUGCUCAACCACUUGCUCUUUGAGAGAAAACAAUAGCAAGUUAGAGAGCCGGAAAAGAAAGUUAAGCUAUUAUCAGGCAACUUCACUGCCCGUUGUCAAUUUACACGACGAGUUCUCUCGUCAUUCUAAAGCUGUUGGUGUAAACUCACAUCUUUUGGAAGAAGCAGCAAAGAAUGAAGUUGGUGAUCCAUUUGAUGAUGACCAGUUCUUUCAAAGUAUCGAUCUUGAUGCAAUGGAAGCAGAGGCUGCUAGAAUUCUUAGAAAUAAAUCACAGUCCUUGGUUCAGAAUGCAGUGACUUCAAUACCUUUUACACGAAGUAUCGAUCUUGAUGCAGUGGAAGAAGAGGCUACUAGAAUGCUUAGAAAUAAAUCACAGUCCUUGGUUCAGAAUACAGUGAAUUCAAUACCUAUUACACAAAUUCCUGAUGGCGGAAGCUCUCCUUCAUUUGAUCUGGGAAUUUAGUUUUUCUGUCUCGAUUGUUAAGUUGGUGUUACGGCACGAAUGAUCAGUUAUAUAAAGGGAAAAGAAAGUAUUUAUUAUCCGCAUCAUUUAAUAGUUACAGGAAAGUCAGUCAUGACGCAAAUGAGGUGUAUGUAAAUGCAAGGAAUAUGGAAACAUUUUGCUGUAUAUAAUUUCAAAGAUAUUGUGUCCCUAGUCCAAGUUUUGUGGCUGUGUGAAGCAUAUGCGCAUGGUUGAAUA